UUUUACUUGUAGUGGCUGCAUCAAGUCUGGAAGCAAGGACUCAAAUUUAACAGAAUCCACCUUAAAAUCUCUGCAUUUACUCAAGCCCACCUUCCACCAUACCGCGUGAGAAUUACAGGACAAAAAGGGAUAAAUUGUGGAGGUAAUAACGCAAUAUCUCCUAACCAAGGAGAGAAAGAAACGAACACAGCGAAAGGACUCAUUUGGACUUCUGAGAUAGGGGGUAAGUGCUCUCAAAGCAGAAAAUUUGAUGAUGACCAUGACUACGAUGGCUGACGGUCUGGAGGCUCAAGACUCGUCAAAAUCUGCUUUCAUGGAGUUUGGACAGCAAUCGCACUCACAACAGAGCUCCCCGUCGAUGGCCGCCAGCCAUUAUCCGCUCCACUGUCUCCAUUCCGGCUCCCAUCAUCAUCAUCAGCACGACAGCUCUCCGUAUUCCGGCUCGAACUCAUAUAACAGGUCGCUACCUUAUUCCUACGUGAGCCAUCCGCACCACAGUCCGUACCUGCCGUCUUACCACAGUAACGCCAGCGGAACACAGACCAGGUUAGACGCUACAGAACAGCAGAAAACAACAGUGAUUGAAAAUGGAGAAAUACGUUUCAACGGAAAAGGCAAAAAGAUAAGAAAACCGAGGACCAUUUAUUCCAGUUUGCAGCUUCAGGCAUUAAAUCACCGUUUCCAGCAGACUCAAUACCUGGCAUUACCGGAGCGCGCGGAGCUGGCUGCUUCAACUGGGCUCACGCAGACGCAGGUAAAGAUAUGGUUUCAAAACAAAAGGUCCAAGUUCAAGAAGCUGUUGAAACAAGGUGGUAACCCUCACGAGACAGACACUUUGCCUGGCUCCAUCGCCCUGUCCCCGCGCUCUCCAGCCAUUCCUCCUAUCUGGGACGUCUCUGCCUCCUCUAAAGGAGUAAACAUGUCUGCUAACAGCUACAUGCCCGGUUACUCACACUGGUACUCGUCACCUCAUCAGGACGCCAUGCAGAGAUAGGCAACUAUAGCCUUGUUUUAGGCCAUAGGCCUUGAGGUUGACUUGCUGCCCAGUUCACGUGCGUUAGGACGCACAUUGUCAUCGGUUUAACAUCCCUAAUAGAGACCUACACUA